AUGGAGCUGCUACCAACAUGAAAGUGCUGCUCGGCCCACAGCAAACUGACAAACUCUCUUUCCGGCUAACGCCACUGUAAAACAGACGUGUUGAAACUUGUGUGUGUGUGUGUACGCGCGCGGUGGCUUUCUGUUCUGGUUGUGUUUCGUGAAUUUUGAUCCGAUAGCACCAUGGCUGACGAAGCAUUUGAAAACUUCGAUGAGGAGGCGGCGGCACCGCAGGAGAUGGACGAUGCCGUCCAGGAUGAUCAGGCAGCGCAGGUCUACGAAGAGGCACCCGUAGUCCAGACUGCCGAGCUUCCCGAGAUCAAGCUGUUCGGCCGAUGGAGCAGUGAUGAUAUCGAUAUUUCCGACAUUUCCGUUUCGGAUUAUAUCGCCGUGAAGGAGAAGCACGCCAAAUACCUUCCCCACUCGGCCGGUCGCUAUGCUGCCAAGCGUUUCCGCAAGGCCCAGUGCCCGAUCGUCGAGCGUCUCACCAACUCGCUGAUGAUGAAGGGCCGCAACAACGGCAAGAAGCUGAAGGCGGUGCGCAUCGUGCGCCACGCGUUCGAAAUCAUGCAUCUGCUGACCGGCGAGAACCCGCUGCAGAUUGUGGUGCACGCCAUCAUCAACUCGGGUCCGCGUGAAGACUCCACCCGUAUCGGCCGUGCCGGUACCGUCCGUCGUCAGGCCGUCGAUGUGUCUCCUCUGCGUCGUGUGAAUCAGGCUAUCUGGCUGCUGUGCACCGGUGCUCGUGAGGCUGCAUUCCGUAACAUCAAGACGGUUGCCGAAUGUUUGGCCGAUGAGCUGAUCAACGCCGCGAAGGGUUCGUCGAACUCGUACGCCAUCAAGAAGAAGGAUGAGCUGGAGCGUGUGGCCAAGUCUAACCGAUAAGCUGCCCCAUGUCACGUCUCGUCACUUUUUGUUAGGAGGAGAGGGAAAACCGUUGCUUGUCGGUGGUGGUCCCUUUUUUUUUGGAAGGGCGUGUGUGUGUGGAUGGUUUUCGUUCUUUUUAUCUCCCCGUUAAUGUGAUCUACGGCGAAAAAGAACGAUAGUCUCUCUCCCUGAAACAAACCAACCAGACCGCGGGGGGAAGAAGCAUGAAGAAGAAGGGUUACGAAAACAUCCUGAAACCCGUUCUCAUUACCAUCUUUGAAGAGAAAUGGGAUUUUUUUCUGGAAAAGUGUAUUACGCUGUGUGUUUGUGCUUACUCCAACACACAUCUAUCACCUUUGCAGAAAAGAAGGUGUCAAUAAAAAUGAAACAGGAAAUCCAAAA